AUGAAAACUUCCGCUCCACCUGUCCGCAUAGAGCCUGCAACAACUCCGCCAGCAUCGGCAUCGGCGCCAACGGCAGUCACUCUUGACAGGCUUGGACGGCAACGAGUGCAGAGAGCCUGCCGAGCCUGCAAGUGGAGAAAGCGAAAAUGCAACGGCGAGCAGCCUUGUCGAGCUUGUCUUCGCGGCGAGUACGAGUGCUCAUACUCUACUCCUGAGCGCCAACCCAAGCCCAGAGGAAGACCGCGGACAUUCUCACAAAGCCAAACACAGACCCAGAGCAAGCCUGCAGGGUCCACAUCACAUGCUACUGAGUCUGCCAUCGCAGGCGCUCAAGCACAGCCAGGAUCCUUGACGGAAGCGAGUCCAGCGACUCUGCCUUCCACUCGUGACUCGAAUGUCGUCGCCAACUCAGGCACAGUCUUCGCGCGGAUCUUGGGUCUCCAACUAGGCGCAGAGCCCGCUGCUCUGCACGUACAGGCAUUAGGCUGGAACUUGGAUCUUCGUCCGCAGCCACGCCAGUCAGAGAAAAGCAUAGUCUGGAUUACUUCUCCAGACGACUGGCAGACGCUGUUCGACUCCUUUGUGCACCACGUCCACCCACUGUAUGGUUUCCUCGACCUUGACGCUGUCACAAAAACUGCCGACCGACGAUGGCGAGACCCUGGAGCGAAUAAUGUCUAUGACCACGUCCUCUGUGGUAUUGCCGCUCUAGGAUCUGUAUUCAAUGGCCAUGCAGGGGCGUAUCCUCAAGAAGAACAUCUCGUAGACUGUGCCAGGGAGAUGUGCGAACACGCGACCUCUCGCGCGAAACCUGAUGUGAGCGACGUUGAAGCGUGGUUGCUACGUACGCUCUAUCUACGGUGCUGCAAAUCACCACAUGCAGCAUGGAUGGCUAGCUGCACUGCAGUCCACAUGGCUGAGGGCGUGGGUUUGCAUCAAGAAGCCGGAAAUGUCUCUAUUGUCUAUGACCGUACGUCGAACCUCGAUCUCGACAUCGACCGGCAACGAAGAUUGUUCUGGCUUGCUACUUUGCUCAACACCUGGAUCUCAAACGAAUACGGACGUUCUGCCGUAUCAUUGGAGAAUGUGACAUGUCAGAUGCCUGCGAUGGUCGUGGAUGAUCCUACGACGGAUCUUUUGAACCUUUUCACGAUAUCGGAAAGUCUUGGACCCGCUAAAGAGGCAUCAGCAGAAACAAUCAAGCACUGCCUCGUCGGGCUUGACGAGCAACGCUUCAAAAACGAUGCACUUGUUCUCUCGCAGUGUAACUUGGCGUUCGCGUUUUACCGACGACUACGUGCGAAGAGUCACGACGUCAAACCAAACGUGGUUGAUACACUCCUCCGACUCGGGUGCUUGGGUCUCGAUGCUUGCUCACGCUUGAUCGAAGAUAAGCUACCGUGGUGGCAUACGGCCAACGUUCCCUUCCAAUUCUCCUGCAUUCUGCUGGCGAUGGACUCUCACCAGUCAUACACACACCUCAGCCAAUCCAUUGCGGUACUCAAUCGAGCUGUGGAACAGUUCGGCACACGAAUGCCUCGUCAGGCUCUGGAGACAGUACACUUCCUCGUCCAACUGUGCCAGAGCCGGAAACAGCAGGACUUGGCUCUUCUUGCACAAUGUGCCGACUCGCCACCUACGACAAUGCCACCAUAUCAACCUUUCCAGACACCGUCGAACAGCUAUCCCAGCGACCUCACAGAAGCGUUUGGUGAGAAUUGA